UGCCUCAUUCUUAUUACUUCUCCAUCUUCUCUCUGUCUCAUCUUUGUCGUUUAUCUAGUCUCUGUCAUUCCCCGUCUCUCUCUCUCUUUCUCUUUCUCUUUAUCUCUCUCUCUCUCUUCUGCAUCCACCCGUCUGUCCUAUCGUUGUGUCUUCUGCUCGCUUGUUUCCGCUUUCACUUUGUAUCGGCACACUCGCUGUGCCAAACAGGAUCCUUGGUAUGGUCAGAUGACCGCCAGUCGAUACAUGACAUCAGAUGAGCAAGCUCCUCGCCGGAUCUACUUUGAAGAAGACCACAGCUUGUCCAAUUAUUCUGCUCCUUUCUUCCAUGCUCUCCUUCUUUCCUCGACCGAUUAA